CAACACAAACGUAUCAAUCCUCGUGAAAACCCAAAUUCCAAUUCCCUCCCUCUCUCUCUGGAUCUGAUUCGAUCGAUUUACAAAACUUUCUCUCUCGCUUACGAUGGCGUCGGAUCAACGCGACACUGUAUUCUCCGUUGAAUCACCGGAUCUAGACGACGGUGGUGGUGGUGGUGGUGGAGGAGGAGGUGAAACUGAAUCAGACGAAGAUGUUGUUAUACCAGAACAAAACGACGUCGAAGAAGACGAUCCAGAAUACGAAGAUCUGAAUUCUCCAUCUAUGGUUUCAGCAAUUUCAACAGCUCCGUCCGUUAUUAAAUCGUCUUCUUCUACAGGUACCGUAACCGUCGCUCUUCCCGCCGGAUCCGUACCUGUAGCUUCAAUUCCGUCUGAUUCUGAUCAGAAAUGGCAUCGUAUGACGGAGAUCGUUCAUCAGAGACCACCGAUCGAUGAUUCUAGACGGCUUUUUCAGAGGUUAUGGACUGACGAAGACGAGAUCGAGCUUCUCCGUGGGUUUCUUGAUUACAUAACGAACCACCGUGGAAACAGCUCUCAUCCGCCUGAUACGGCGCCGUUUUAUGAACAGAUCAAAUCGAAGCUUCAGUUGGAGUUUAAUAAGAAUCAGCUUGUGGAGAAGCUGAGGAGGUUGAAGAAGAAGUAUAGGAAUGUGAUGAGUAAGAUUAGUUCUGGUAAAGAGGUAUUCUUCAAAAGCCCUCAUGAUCAAGCUACUUUUGAUAUCUCUAGGAAGAUUUGGAAUCAAACUGGGAAGAUCAUUGGGUUUGAAGAUAACAAUGUUAUGGAUUUUGAGGAAAGUAAUCACGUAAAUAACCACAACACUAAUGGCGGUGGCUCGGGUUUCAAUAUCUCUAUUGCUAAUGCGAGUGUGGAUGUUGAUUUGGAAAACGGGAUGGAGAAGAAAGUUACGAUGAGUAGGAAACGAUCACGGUCGAGGAUUGGGAAGAUCGAUGAAGAUAAACCGAUCCUCGCUCCUUGCGACGGGGGAUUGCCGAACGCUGUUAAUCUUAACGAGAAUGUGGCUGCGGUUGGCGAUUUCAUCGACGGGAGGAAUCUAGGGGGUUUGAUAGAAGAGACGGUUAAGAAUUGUGUAUCGCCUAUGAUUAAAGAGAUGAUGAACGGUAGAACGGGGAUGAUGAUGGCUGCAAUGGGUGGGUUUCCGGGAGGAGGUGGUACUCAUGGUCUAGGUGUGUUGAGUCCGAUGCUAAUCCCGUCGAUGAAUCAAGGGUUUGGAGGUAAAGGAGCAGGUGACGAACGGUGGAGGAGACAACAGAUUCUUGAGUUGGAAGUGUAUUCGAGGAGAUUAGAAUUGGUUCAAGAGCAGAUUAGAGCCACUGUGAAUGAGUUAAAGACAAUGCCUAGUGGAGGAUGAUGAACAAAAGAAGACUUCAAUGGAGUUUGUUAUAAGGUCUAAGUUAUGAGUAAGAUGAAGAAGGAAGAAGGAAGAACAUGAAUGUUGUCUUGUGGUAUGGUGAUGAGGUAUAGUAUUAGCAAAUUAUAAAACUAAUAAUCUGAGUACUGAAAAUUUCUGAUGGUGUUGAAAUCUUUCUAGGUUUUUUUUUUUUUUUUUGUUUUUUUAGUAUUUUUCUUGAUUGAAUCUUUUUUUUUUUUAAUUUUGUUGAUUAGGGGAUGAAUGCUUCUAGGUGGGUUUGUGCAUAACCUUUGUAUUAGUCUAUUAGAUUAUAGUUUUUGGUAGAGUUCAAUAAAAAAAAAAAACAAGAGAACUCUCAAGAGGUAUUAUUUAUAUAAAAGGAAAAGCAAAUAAUAUGUUUAUGUGUGAUGCAUAUAAUAUGAUCAUUAUUAUAUUAACAUGUAUUUUUUUGGAGUUUGAA